AAUUUGCAUUGUCCGACGCCAUUGCGUCGUGUGAUAAUGGUAUUGUUUCCAACUUGUAUACUCGGGAGGCCUUAUUACGUAUGUCUAUGCAAUAUGAACCUUGCUAUCUCUUCAGUCGUUGUCCAACACUUAGACUCGUAGUGUCUAUUUACCUCUUUUCUUCCGAGUUUCUUCAUUGGAGAAAAUUUUAUGAAACAAUUCUUCAACAAAGAAUCUUUUUUCGAGACAUUUAAAAUUUGUAAAUUUUGAAUUAUCCAAAAUUAUUUGUUCAAAAAUGGACGAAUUUAUAAUUACUUCAGUUUUUCUGUAAGUGGAAAAAAAUGGAAGUAAUUUUUCGUUACGCCUGUGCUUAAUGUUAUGAGAAAAGUGACAAUGAAUAAAAUUUGUGCAUUCUGAUAAGUUUUUUUUCCCUUUUGAAUAAUUGUGUUACUGUUGCGUGAAUCAUGUGGAAUCGAAAAGUAUUCAUCAGGAUUAUUGAAGUGUUACUAUGUGUGUCAUGUGUAGUGGCAUUGAGGGUGACUGACGAUGAGACAAAAAGAGUUUUUCAUUACCUCAGAAAUCGUAGUCUCCAAUGGUCAUUGCUCAACAACGUAACAUGGGGAGCCUUUGGACAAGCUUUUGCGACAACCACAUGUGGGGGCUAUCUUAUUAUAACAAUAGGUCUUCUUAUUGCCGCCGCUUCUGGAGAACUCAGAGGUCGCAAAACAGAAUGUUUUCUUCUUGGCUUGGGGGUGAUAUUUUUUGGAAUAGUUGGAGGCCUUUGUUUGGCUUCCUUAGACAGUGUUCCGCAAGAUUUAAUAGACAAUGCAGCAGUCCUUGGAACAUUGUGUCUCCUCACAGCCUUGGUCUUCAUUGUUGAUUUACUAAUGAGCUCUCAUCAAGGCAAAAAGCAUGAUGCCACCCAAACUUUUGGCAGUAAAGAAAAUGGCUUGGUAACAAAACAAAUAACUGUACAAAGGGAGUACGUAAAUAAAUUUGACUCGAAGAGUAUUAAAAAACUCGAGAGCACCGAUAAGUUCUCAAAAUUUUCAGUCAAGCCGAUGACAACGUUGGUGGUGGAAAAGGAGACAAAAAUUGUAAAAAGCAAUGGUAGUGCGGAAAAAGCGGAUGAUGCUCGCGAUUCAAAGGGUCAAGUCAUUAAUGGAUUUAAAAAAUCUGAAGGAUCUCGACUGCACGACAAUUUGGAGGGUAUUGAUUAUAUUGAUCGACCCACAACUGAUAGAAAUUUCACUAGAGACGAGCAAAGGCGUAAUAGUCUUAGGUCAACCGAAAUUCCGAGGGAGGAUGAGAAUAAAAAAUUUCAAAACGCUGAGAAACAGACUCGGGAUUAUCAUCCGCAGAAUAUUGAUAAUAAUUAUCGUCGACACUUGAGAGACACCGAAGACACUUUUGAUAUUGGACAACGAUUACGUGCUCAGGACAUUUAUCAACGACCAAUUGACGAAUUGGAUACUCCACGUUUUCCAGCGACCCUAGAAAAGAAGGAACCAAUUUUUGCAAAAAUCGUUAAUCCCGGUGUUAAAAUUAUGCGAGUCGAUCGUGACGUUGAAGAAACAAUCGAAAACUACAGACUUUCGAAUUCAAGUCAGUAUGACAAUGUACCUACGCGAAUAUUUUCCACCUCGAAUGGAUUCACGAAAAAAAAUCGUGACGCAGUCUUCAGUGUUCCUAGGCCAAGUAGAUUGUACAAGCAUCAGAAGGAAACCAAGGACGAAAUUGAAAUGCUCGAGGAGUAUUUUAAUAAUUUUAGAACAGCGUCAAUUGGAACACAAACGGGAAGUCGAUUGCCUUCGUCGCCAAAUGAUCCGGGUUAUGUUCGUCAUACGGCCAGCAAUUGGCCGCAAAAUCAACGGAUCAAAACACCUGGUGGAAGUCCCGAACGAGAUAGAAUAUAAAUUUUUAAAUUAGACUCAAUUUAAAGAUCUAUGGUAAUUUAAUUUUACCAAAUUGUGUUUUUUUUGACACAAGUUAAUUUUUUUUUAAGGAAAAUUUCAAAAAUCUAUUUGCUCA